AUGGUUUACAGUUAUUUGGCAAGCGAUUGUGUCAAAGUUCUACGCGGAGUAUGCAGCGUCUUGAGUACGGCAGUAUCUAUCCAGGCAGACGAAGUACGGAUAUUUUUGGAACUCGUUGGUGCACGUGAUUGCAUUCGGGGUGUUGGACAGCUUCGCCCUGUCACUGCUUGCGACAUCAAAAGACGCAGUUAUCCUCGCAAAGGCUCCAGCUGUACCAAUUCCCUUGAUUCCUUAAUCAAAAUUCGGAGUUUCUCUACAUCUAUUAAAGCAUCUUCUGAAUCUCCUCCGGCAAAGAAGACGCUAUCGUCCUCUAGAGAACGACAUGUUCCCUCAACUCGAAUUGGUAGAGCUGUCGGUUUUGGAAGGCUUGGAGCGGCAACCGAAUAUGCUAAACGUUCCAUUGGCGCUUCUGACAAAAAUGAAGAAUCCAAUAUCUUCUUAAAUGAUGCUAAUUUGGAGCGAAUCGUUGAUACGCUGUGUCGUAUGCGCGGAGCAGCUCUCAAAUUGGGUCAAAUGCUUAGCAUUCAAGAUAGCUCACUUGUAAGUCCGAAAGUGCAAAAAAUUUUUGAACGUGUUCGACAGUCGGCGGAUUUCAUGCCAACGUCGCAGAUGUAUCAAGUGGUAGAUGCCGAACUGGGAACUAAUUGGAGGGAGAAAUUGGCUUCAUUUGAUGCAAAACCUUUCGCUGCAGCCAGCAUUGGUCAAGUUCAUCUCGCUCUCCUCCCAGAUGGAAGGCGGUUGGCCAUGAAGGUUCAGUAUCCUGGGGUGGGAAAAAGCAUCGAGACUGACGUAGCUAACAUAACAAUGAUUCUUAAACGCUUCAAUUUCUUGCCUCGCGGUUUGUUUGCUGAAUCAGCGAUCCGUACCGCCAAGAGAGAACUUAAGUGGGAGUGCGAUUAUAUGCGUGAGGCCUCCUAUGCUGAGAAAUUUGCUCGUCUUCUUAUCAACGACCCCGUAUUCUUGGUGCCCAAAGUCUUUCACGACUUUUCCACUCAGAAGGUACUUACAAUGGAGUAUUUUGAGGGUCUUGUCCUUGAUGACUGUAUCUCGUUAUCUCAGGAUGUUCGAAAUUGG